AUGGACAUGUAAAAUCGACCAGGAGGUAGGACCGGUUCGGGUCCUAUGGCAUCAGCAGCAGAUGCUAAUGUAGAAAGAAGAGAACGUUUGAAAUAGUUAGCCAUGGAAAUCAUUGACCUUUAAAAAGACCCUUACUUUAUGAUCAAUCAUCUUGGUACUUAUGAAUGCAAGUAUAUAUAUAAAUAUAAUCCAAAUAGAUUAUGUUUAACUCUUCAUACUAAUGAGGGAUCAUAUUUAGCACAUACCUAAGGAAAGAAACAUCAAUAAAAUCUCUUACGUAGAAAAGCUAGAGAAGGAAAGGAUUUGAAUGCAAUGAUGCAUAUGGCUAAACAAAAUCAACCAAAACCUUAGAAACAUAAAACAAUUAAGAUUGGACGUCCAGGAUAUAAAGUUACAAGGACUGUUGAAAACACUUCUAAAGUUCUAUAUUUUGAGCUUUAUUAUGAAGACAUUCAACCAGGAUUCAUUCCUAAACAUAGAGUUAUGUCAGCCUUUGAGUAAAAGAUUGAGUAGCCAGAUAAGAAUUAUUAGUAUUUGAUUUUCGCUGGUGAACCAUAUGAAAAUAUAAGUUUUAAAAUACCAAAUCAAGAGAUAGAAACAUAAGUAAAUUUAAUUUAAUUUAUAUUAGGAUGGCAAAUUUCAACCUGUUUGGGAUAAAGAUAAAAAAAUAUAUUCAUUAAGAGUAUAAUUUAGAGAAAAAAAAAAUAAUAAAUGAA